AUGGCCCCCCUCGACGACCUGUCUCCCGCCGGCUCGAGCAGUUAUUCGUCAAAUACGAUGAAUGUCGGCGAUGGGACCUGGGAUGCUACAAGGAAUGAUUUCCUGUUACCGAAUCUCGUGGGGUUGAAUUUCGAUACGAUGCAAUACAACGGAAUGGGAAACCGUUUUGCGAGCCUCGCCCAAUACCAUACCCUCGUGAAAGGCCACGGCAUAGUCGCCGUCAUAACCUUCCUAUUCAUCGUCCCGGCCGCCAUCAUGACCGCUCGCUUCUAUGGACGGAACCCGAAGCAGGCCCUCCGCAUGCACAUCUACCUACAAGUCAUGACCAUCCUGCUCUCGACCGUAGCAUUCGUGCUGGGUUGGUUUGCCGUGGGUCCCAAACGCUCACUCACGAAUCCCCACCAUGGCAUCGGUGUCGCCAUCUACGUCCUAAUAUGGGUGCAAGCCAUUGGGGGGAGAUGGGUCUAUGGGAGAGAGAAGGGGAGGGUCAGGAGGACCAAGCUUCCUUUGAAAUUGGUUCUGCAUCAGUGGCUGGGACGAGCAACGGCUAUUUUGGCAAUCGUGCAAGUCCCGCUUGGGUUGACCCUUUACGGGAGUCCGAAGUUUACCUUCGUCCUAUAUACGCUUUGGAUGACAUUCCUCUUGGUCCUGUAUUUUAUCCUCAGUUACAGGUCUAUGGGGUCUGUUGCUGGAUUGGUCAGGAGAAGUAGCCAUGGUGGAACCGUGAUUGAAGAGAAGAGGAGAAGCAGCUUUGGUUGGCUUGGGCCGUUGGCUGCGGGUGCCGGGGCCGCCGCAUUGUUGAGCAGGAAUCGGAACAAGAGCAGAAGUCGAAGUAGGACGAGGAGAGAGGAAGUUAUACCUUCCAGGCGUGGCUCAAGACGAGACAGUGAGAGUUAUAUCGAGGACGAGAAAUACGAGUCACGAAAGAACGAAGGCGGCGGAAUGUUGAAUACGGUCCUGAAAGGGGCAGCAAUCCUGGGAGCUGGUGCGCUGGCAAAGAGCUGGUAUGAUAGACGCAAGGAAAAGAAGCAGCAGGAUGAGUAUUCAUCAGUGGCUCCGGACACACCUUCUCGAAGACACAGACGACGUAACGACUCAAUCAGUGAGGACAGCGUCGACAUUUCACGUGUGGAAAGCCGUCGAGCAGGAGGUCCUCCUCCCUCAACACCAGGCCCUGGCGAUACCACAACGAUCAUGUCAUCAGCUGCUGGACCACGACCGGUGACUCCUCGUCCAGUCCGCCCCGGAAGAGCACAAUCCUUUGACUCGGGAAGCUAUUCCUACACCGAUAGCCUGUCACCCUCUCGAAGACAACCAUCGCCUUCUCAUGCGGCUCGCAACGGUAUCCUCGCAGGACUAGGCAUGGGCUGGUUGGCCAAGAGGCUGAAGGACCGCCAAGACAGAAGGGAACAAGAGAGGCUCGACAGACUAGCCGAAGAAGAGCGUAUGUCCCGACUUGGUCGGUCUCCAUCAGGCCCUCGCUAUACCGGCGACGGCAUGCCUCCUCCACGCCGCCAACGUGUCUCACGCACACACGAGCCGUCAGAUCUCUCGUCCAUGCUCGACGACCCGCAUUAUAUCCGUCCUGGGGGCAUUCCCCCUAUCCCUCCUGCUCUCGCCGCUGGAGCUGGAGCAGCUGGAGCGGCAUACGGUGCGCAACCAAGAGGUGCUCAUGAUCUCACCAAUCCUAUGCCUCCGCCGCCACCUGGGCCACCACCCGGAACGAUGGCUGGCGGUCCAGUUAGUAUGCCGCCCGCCCCUCCCGAUCCUGUAGGGAUACUCCACCAGGACAGUGUAGUCGAUUCAUAUAUUUCUGCCGGUGAUGGCCCCCAGCGUCAGAAUUCCUCACGACGUCAGCAAGAAAGCGAAGCUGCAGCUGCCGCAGCAGCAGCUGGCGCUGCGGAACUCGCUGCCCAAGAGGAAGCCCGCCGUCAACGCUCCCGUUCCAGAUCACGGAGCCGAGUAUCACAGGAGCCCGGCCAGCCCGUGAGCCUGAAAGUCAAGCUGCACGGGGAUCAAGACCAGAACAUCACGCUACGACGGCUGACAGAGGAGGAAGCGGCCGCGGAGCGAGAAGCGCGGAGGGCGCAACGGAGACGGAGGAACGAUUCGCUCAGCAGCCUGAGCGGUUCCGAAAUCCCAUCCAGCCGCCGACGAUACAGGAGAGAUAGACGGGACCGGGACGCAGCGUCGGAGGCGGGUACCGCACCCCCACCACCCGCCAUGGAGCCGCUCAGCCCUCCCAACCCCGCGUUCGCCGGGGGCAAGAGACCGAAAGACAGCGCGUACUACAGCGGCCGUCCUGAAGGCUCGGGUGUCGGAGGGGUGCCGCCCAGCGGUCUGGGUAGCCCAGACAGCCACGGUACUAUGUCCGCAAUGAGCAUGGGCAGUGGUAGCGUUGACCCGGCGGAGCGGCGAAGAAGGCGGCGGCUGGAGCGAAACCAGCGACCGAGCGGGACGGUGGAGUUCACUUGA